AUGAAGGUGACACAUUCCGACUGGUACCUCGCCGGUACCUACUGCCCUCUGGGGAGAGAUGCAGUCUUGGGUGGCAUCGUGUACCUUCGGGAGCACGUGACGCCGCAGGACAUGGUGUACCUUCGGGAGGGAUCAGCGGGUGGCUGCGGUACUGGCGAGUGGGCUUUGCUGGCACCCUCAAGUGGAGACUUCAUCGACAAGGGCCUUGGCCUGUUCGAGCUCCGGGGCACGCUGCAGGCGUGCAUCAGCGGUGCCUCCGUGGAGCAUGCCCUUCGGUGGUGUUCCACGAAGGAGCUGGUCUGGCUCGAAGAGCAGGAAGAGGACGAAGAGGGUCAGCCGUCGCUGGUGCUGGAUGACCCGGGCACCACUCAGCCAGCCGACUAUUGGCUCCAUCCCUGCGAUUGCGCACCUGAUGCUUGGGGCCCUGAGCUGCCCGUGGAUCCUCAAAUGUACGAGCAUCUUCCGGCCAACAGCAGCAACCAAUUCAUCCCGACCCCCUACGUCAUCGUCACGGGGCAGCUUGUUUGCCCUUCUCGGCAACUACUGGGAGGCGGCAACGGCGUGCAUUUCCAGUCAGAGGAGGAGGUCCUGGAGCCGGCAGACUGCGAGGCCCGGUGUCGGGAGCAGUUGACCUGCCUCUUCUUCUGGCAUGGAUCUCAACACGGCGCAGCGACCUGCCGUUUGUUUACCGGCUGCGACAAUCUUGUCCGCGAGUUCAGCUUGGAGGGAGACCUUAAGGCAAUGCCACGCAGCCCAAGCUGCACAGUUGCCGACGCCGCGAAAUGUUGGGCGACGUCUCUGCGCAGGAGCUUCCUGUCCAUGGCCUUCAAGUCACAUGGUGGCACCUCCGUGGAAGCUGCCGGCAGCGUCGGUCUCAAUCUGCCGCCGAA